CCCAACCAAAGUAAAAUUUCGUGAACGGCGGCCAUCUUGAAUUUGCAGGAAACUCUGAAUUUUGUUGUUUUUGAGCUCGAAUGCAAAGGUAAAAUACAUGGCGACGAACGGAACUUUGCAGAAAGCCAUUGAAAUUGUCACAAAAGCAACAGAAGAAGAUAAAGCAGGRAACUAUGAKGAGGCAUUGAAAUUAUACGAACAUGGCGUUGAGUACUUUCUACAUGCUAUCAAAUAAACAAGAGUGGAGACAGUAGUGAUGAAGAGGAAAGUGCUGAAGAUAAAAAGCUUAAAGGACAACUUAACAGUGCCAUUGUUGUGGAAAAGCCUAAUGUUAAAUGGUCAGACAUUGCUGGUCUAGAGUCWGCCAAGGAAGCUCUAAAAGAAGCUGUCAUUCUACCAAUCAAAUUCCCUCAUCUUUUUACUGGGAAACGUACACCAUGGAAAGGAAUCCUACUUUAUGGGCCUCCUGGUACUGGUAAAUCUUACCUUGCAAAAGCUGUAGCAACAGAAGCCAAUAAUUCCACCUUUAUAUCAGUAUCCUCAUCAGAUCUUGUAUCAAAAUGGCUUGGGGAAAGUGAAAGACUUGUCAAGCAACUGUUUGAGAUUGCACGUGAACAAAAGCCCUCCAUCAUCUUCAUCGAUGAAGUUGAUUCGUUAUGUGGGUCAAGAAGCGAGAAUGAGAGUGAAUCAGCGAGAAGAAUCAAAACAGAAUUUUUGGUCCAAAUGCAAGGUGUUGGUGUCGAUAAUGAUGGCAUUCUUGUGCUUGGYGCAACCAAUAUCCCGUGGACUCUAGACAGUGCUAUAAGAAGAAGGUUUGAAAAGAGAAUCUACAUACCUCUCCCAGAAGCUGGGGCRAGACAGAAAAUGUUUGAACUUUCAUUGGGUGCAACUAAGACAGAACUGCGCCCUAAUGAUCUCAAAGACUUAUGUAAAAAGACGGAUGGAUAUUCAGGUGCAGACAUCAACAUCGUAGUGAGAGAUGCUCUCAUGCAACCUGUCCGCAAAGUACAACAAGCAACACACUUCAAAAGGGUGCGAGGACCAAGUCUUCAAGACCCUAACACUAUUGUUGAUGACUUACUGACCCCUUGCUCUCCAGGAGAUAGAGAAGCUUUAGAAAUGAACUGGAUGGAUGUGCCUGGUGAGAAACUAUUAGAGCCAUCUGUUACAAUGGGUGACAUGCUUAGAUCACUGUCCACAACACGACCAACAGUAAACGAUCAAGACCUCAAGAAGUUUGAAAAAUUCACCUCUGACUUUGGCCAGGAAGGAUAAAGAUGUUUAUAUAAUUUUUCUGUCUUCAAUUUUUGUUCUAUUUUCUUUGAUAAUGAUAACAUUGUUUCUGGUAUGAAUACAGCUCUUAAUCUUAAUGCAUUUCCUUUAAAAUCAAAACUGUACUUACAUGAUGUAUUCCAUGAAGCACAAAGUACAGAAUAAUAAGAAAUAGAUAAGCUACCAGGAAAACUGUGAAACUCUAACCAUAUGGUACUGAAAUAGUUCUAGUUAACAAAGUAUAAAAAUCAUUUAAGUAACAAAAUAGCACAAAAAUAGAGUUACUAAUUAAAAAUGCUUCACAUGUUUACUUAAAUGUUUACUUUUUAUGUUKACUUUUUGUACUAUUUAUGCUUCAUGGAUUAGGUGUUUGUACCUUAUUAGAGUGAAGUCAAAUAAAACCGUGAUGAUAGAUGAUACACUAAUUCACAGUAGCACGCUCUAAUUUCAUUGUUUUCAUUUGUGUCUAUUUGACUAUCACACUUAUUAAUAGUCAAAUUUUGUUUCACUGGUUUAAUGACUUCGCUCUAGGAAAUUCAGAAAAGAGGAUUUACAUGUACUAUUAACUACUAUACAUGUACUAUUAACUGCUAAUUAUUGUACACAGUUGAAGGGCAAGCACAUGAAUUUAGGACAUGCAUACCACUAAUUAUUUUUCAGUUUGUCAUGUAAUAAAAAAAUUAUUAAAUAUYGCAUUAGGUAGCCUGUGUCAGAGCCUGAAUAACGCCAGGCAUAAUCAAAUUCCUGUGACACAGGCUAUACAUUUAGAGGCCUUAGUUGUUCCUAGCCUGCUUAGCAGACCUCUUGAGAUCCCUUUGGACAAAGAAAGAGGUGCCCUAAGCAGGUAAAGUUGUUCAUAGCAAAGGUGUAAAAAGGAGGUUGUCAUAAGAGAACAGCAUUUUGUUCAAAUAURGGGCUGGUUGUACAAAAAUGCUGAAUAGUGCUAACUAUUUCUCCACACAACCAGUCCCAGUAGAGUGAUUUUAUUUAACCUGUAAGUAAAAUAAAGGUGAUAAUAAGCUUUUCAAAUGAGAACAUAGCCUGAGUUCAUCCAGCGUUUACUCAUAAACCAGAAAAUAAACUGGAAGGUCGUAGGCUAAUGAAAACAAUUCCUGAGAAAUUCUGUUCAUUGAUUCAUGACUUUAUUGUGAGCACUCUUUUAAUGAGGUUAGGGGGUGAGAUCAUUGAACUUUUAGUCAAAAUUUAGCAGUAGUAUUAUUAAAGACACAAUCAAAAUUUUCUGGAGAGGUUUCAUAAAAUCACUCUAUUUUCGUUCCAAGUAAAAGGKAAAUGCUUUGAGUUGAUAUUAGAUGUUUAAUUAAGUAGCUUUUUUUAGAAAAGGAAUGAGCAAUAAAAUAUAAUGUAUAGUGUAAGUUGUAACAUGAAUUUAUGCCAUUAUUUUACUCUCCAUAAUAAAUGAUAGCCCCUAAUUUAUGCACAAUAAAUCAGGCACAACUUUUUAA